AUGCCAAACACUAAAUCAAAGCUUUCAUUAGCUAUACAACAAGCAGAUAAUUCUGCAUCAAAACAAGACCAUAAUCAGGAUUCACAACUUAAUAAUCAACAUCAGUAUCUGCACCAGCACCAGCACCACCAUCAUCAUCAGCAACCCUUAUCUUCACAACAUAACACACACGAGGGACAUGAAUAUUGGAGUAAUAAUGAUAGUACACCUAAAAAACGACAUCAUUUAAGAACGAAAAGUGGUGGAUCUACGCAAAGUGGCCACAGUAAUAAUGGUAGUGGGUAUAAUGGUACCAAUGUCGAUAUAACGCUCAAUUCCAAUAAUACUUUUGCCGAAAGUCAAAAUGGGCAUAGUUUCAAACCAAUUCCAAGUCCUUCUUUACUUCCCAAUUUAAUUCAACAUAGUACACCAUACGUAUCAACAACGGCAUCUUCGGCCAAACAUUUUAAACCGGAGUUAUCACCAUUAAAGACGAGUUUUGAUGAAGAGAAACGACACUCGAUUAUUGAAUCUCAGUUGGAACUGCAAUAUGAUGACGAGAGUGCCGCAUGGGAUGAACCGAACCAAUAUGGUAAUGUUGAUGAUGAAUAUGAACUUGAAGUGAAGUCGUCCAAAAGUCGUUAUUUAUUACAUCACCAAUAUAAUCAAGGUAAAGACCUUGAUCAGAAGAAAAAGAGGAAAAAGGAUGGAUCACAUAGUACACUUGGAGAAACAGAGACAGAAAGUAAAGGGGAUAUAGGGGAUAUAGGGCAACAAGACGAUAAAUCACAGCAAGAAAGCCAUAACCAAGAAGAACCUAAUGAUAUUCGCCAUAACGAAGAAAAAGAAGAUCAUGAUGACGACGACGACGACGACGACGAAGACGAAGACGAAGAUGCACCAGUUAACCCCGCCGAAGAGGAGGAUUUAAAAGAUUAUAUCCCCGGCGGAUAUCAUCCAUGUUUCAUUGGAGAAGAAUACAAGAACGGGAAAUAUACAUUGGUACGAAAAUUAGGUUGGGGACAUUUCUCAACUGUUUGGCUUGCGAGAGAUAAUGAUAAGCAAUGUCAUGUCGCGGUGAAAGUUGUUCGAUCGGCAAAACAUUAUACUGAAACUGCCAUCGAUGAAAUAAAGCUAUUAGAUAAAGUUACAACCUCUGAUAUUCAACAUCCUGGUCAUCAACAUGUGAUUCAGUUAUUGGAUACUUUUACUCAUAAGGGUCCUAAUGGGAUUCAUGUAGUUAUGGUAUUUGAAGUGUUGGGAGAGAAUCUAUUGGGAUUAAUUCGUCGGUAUAAACAUCGAGGUAUCCCUAUUGUAUUUGUUAAACAAAUUGCUAAACAACUAUUGUCAGCUUUGGAUUUCUUGCAUAGGAAAUGUGGAGUUAUUCAUACUGAUUUAAAACCAGAGAAUGUCUUGAUUGAAAUUGGUGAUGUUGAACAAAUUGUUCGUAUGGUUGAACAAGAGAAUAAGGAACGUAAAUUACAACGCAAAUUGCUGAAAUCAUCAAAAAUAUCAACUGCAAACAGCUCCUAUGGCAAUAUCAAGGAACCAGAACAACCCCAUCAUCGUGCCAAUAACAAGACGUCUUCCUCCAUUGCUUCACCAACUAAUCAAAUUGUAUCACCAUCAUUAGGUAGAUCAGGAAGAAGAUCACGUAGACAGACCUUGAUUACUGGAUCACAACCUUUACCGUCACCAUUAAGAGCAUUCAAUAAAUCAUUUACAAACAUUUAUGGAUUUUCAACAACAACGACAAAUACUCCCAUCAAGAGUUUGUCUAUAAAUAACUCGACUGCAAAUACAACUACAGAUUCACCUAUUCCAUUAUCCAGCACCGCUGAACGUCACGAUGAAGAUCAUGAUGAUAUCGAUCGUGAUGGAACAUUAAACAAUUCAUUAAGUUCAAUGUCAAUAUCCAAUUCCAACAGUUAUCAGCCAAUUAACGUUAACCCAAUGCAAAUCCCCAACGAUUCAAAUUAUCGAUUGGAUGAUUCAUCAACCAACUUUGACGAUGUAAUCAAUGAAGAUGAAUUGAUUUCAGUCAAGAUUGCCGAUUUGGGUAAUGCAUGUUGGACAAAUCAUCAUUUCACGGACGAAAUUCAAACACGUCAGUAUCGAGCACCUGAAGUAUUACUUGGAUAUCAUUGGGGAUGUUCAAGUGAUUUAUGGUCAUUUGCUGCUCUUAUUUUUGAGUUACUUACCGGCGAUUAUUUAUUUGAUCCAAGGGAUGGUAAAUCUUACUCAAAAGAUGAUGAUCAUAUAGCACAAAUCAUUGAAUUGCUAGGCCCCUUUCCACGAAUGAUGAUUAAGGAAAGUUUUUAUGGUCGUGAUUUUUUCAAUUCACGAUUUGAAAUGAGACGUAUACUGAAGUUGAAACCAUGGGGAUUAAAAGAUGUUCUAGUUGAAAAAUAUAAAUUCUCCAUUAGUGAUUCAAUUGAAGUUGCUGAUUUCUUGUUGCCAAUGUUACAGUUACAGCCGGAAGAUCGAGCUGAUGCUGGUGGAAUGAUUAAUCAUCCAUGGUUGAGAGAUGCUUUGGCAUUGGAGAAUGUUGUAUUGGAAAGACCCGUGGGAGGGAGUGGGGAAGAUAUACCUGGAUGGUCGAAGGAGUUGCCUCCACCACCACUGCUGCAGCCCGGUGAUCGGUCAUCUUCAAAGACGCUGUUUUCGAAUAUAAAGCAAAAUUUUGACUAUCGUUAG